UUCACGUGUAGUGCUUUAAAAAAAAAAAAAAGUGUGCCUAUAUUAUGAAGCAGAGAAAGGUGUUGUGUGUAAAUUACCUUGCAGUGUGGCGCCAUCAUGUGGUUGCUUCAAAAUAUGAAAAAAGGCCCCAAAAGUUUCAACAUGGCUCCCUAGCAACCAGAAGCUCCUGCCUGGACACAGAGGGGAGAGACAAACACUGCUCCACUCAGAUGGGCCACACGGUUUGUGCUUGAGCCGCAGGUAUUAUGUCAUUCGUCGUGGGAAAUUUGUGUUGUUUUUGUCCGCCAAUGCGAGGUUUAAUUUGACAUGUUUUAUGUUAAUGUUGUUUGUUUUUUUUUGGCACGUUAUAGUUCCUAUAUCUGCGCUUAAGGUUGCACAAUAAGUUUAGAGGCUAGUGAAGUUAGCAUGAAUGUGUGUGUGGCGACAUUUAGUGUGAGUGUGUUUACUAACCUCAGUUCUUAGUUACCAUGUGGCAGUGUAAUUGCCAUGGCUUUUUCUUUAGUCUCCCAGUAGACUAUUAGUACACUAAGGCAGGAUGCAUGCAGUGUAAGGGAAAACUAACUAACUCUUGUUACUUAGUGUUUGCAGUUCAUUUCAAGACAGAAAAGUCAUGAUACAGAGUGAGAAACAAAAGCACCGCGGGGACGAGGAGGUGGUCAAAGAGCUGUGCCUGGCCAAUGGAGUGUCCUAUGAAAAAAUUGCACAAGAAGGAAACAACAUCAGCUCCCUGGAGAUUUUCUUCUCUGGUUUUCCUCGCAUGGUUGGGCUUUCCUUCUUCCCACGGCUCUGCCAGCUUACUGUAGUGAGCCAGAACAUAAAACACAUUGAAGCACUCGAGUGCUGUCCCCUGCUUCAGGAGCUCUGGGUAGUCCAGUGCCAUCUGACAGAAAUAUCUGGACUACAGAAUUGUUUACAGCUAGAGAAACUCUACCUUUAUGAUAACCAAAUCUGUGAAAUAAAUAAUUUAGAAUUGCAGAUCAACCUUGAAGUCCUGUGGCUCAACAAUAACUGCGUUACUCAGAUACAGGGUUUGAACACGCUUCAAAACCUCAAAGAACUAAACCUUGCUGACAACAAUAUUGAAAAGAUUGGGCAUAGCCUUGAUCCUAAUGUCAACCUUCAGAAUCUUAAUCUGUCCGGGAACAAGAUACGUUCCUUUAAGGAGCUCACCUGGCUUGCCCGCUUACCCCACCUGAGAGAAUUAGCACUGAAGGACCCCACGUCCACCCCAAACCCAGUGUGUCUGCUGUGUAACUAUGCCACACACGUUCUUUACCACAUGCCAGGCCUCCAGCGACUUGACACCUAUGAUGUCUCAAGCAAGCAAGUCAAGGAAGCAGCUGAGUCCACAGUAAUGAAGAAAAUGAUGUACUACAACAUGCGUGUACGUACUGCUCAGAGGAACCUGGCAGAGACCCGGCUCAGCCUGACAGAGAGGAAGAAAACUAUGUUACAGUUACCUGAAGAAUGCAUCAGAACAGUCAAUCACGCCCUCAAGAAUCUUGAACAUGAGCUCUCCAAGGGGCCGGCUACAUGUAAGAAGUCUGCCUGCACGUUGGAGGAUGGAUCGACCCACCUGGUUGAUGGUUCGGCCGACAGAAGUGACCCAACCACUGACAUCAGUCGUGAUCCUGCCAUGGAGCACAAAAUACUCAGCAAGAUUGAAGCGCUGAGGGAGAGACUGCUGCUAUGGACGAGGAGGCUGAAUGAGAUUGAAGCCUGGUAUGAGCGAGAUUUUGCCCAAGCCACAAACAUGAUGGCGUAUACUGUCCAGUUUCUGUUGAUGGAACUAGAAAGUGUUGGAAAUAUUCGUUUGGAAGAAGGCUGCUCCACAGACCCUUGGUUUACUUCCUGUUGCGACCUCCUGCUGUCCCGCUUCUCUCAUUCAGACUUCAAGGUGCAUGGCAUCACUGGCAUUAAGAUCAAUAGAGUUAUCCGCAUCCACAACAGUGCUUUGAGGCUUCGCUUUGAGGACAAACUUCACACCCUUCUAGCCAGCGAUGAGUCUGCAACUACACACAGGAAUUACAGACGUCGGCUGGAGCACUUGUUCUACACAGCUGACCCUGAAAAAGGCAGUGAGAGGGAAGAAAUUUUGUGCAUUGUAGAGGAAGGCUUCAAAACAGCUGAACAAUAUAAGGCUUUGGAGAGAGAAGGUAUACCUUUAUCCAAUAGCCUGAGUGUGACCGAACAGCCCAGAAUUGAACAUGCACUGCGUCAGGCCAGACAAGGCGAUUCCAAGCACAGUACGGAUACAAUCCCCUUCAGGCACGGUCAGAUUAUUGUUUCUAAAGUGUUUGUGGGCCAGAGCAUGCCUGUUCGCAUGGGAGAACGGGUGGACAGAAGCAGCCAUCACAGAGCCUACUCUGUGUAUCGCAAUGUGGACACUAAGCAAAGAACUGCAGUGGGUGAAGAGAGACCCCGCUCCUCCAAAGCACAAACUGGUCCUGAGUGCACUCCCCGCCGAAGGCAGUGGUUUAUGUUUGAGCAUGAGCUUGUCCUACCUGAGUACAUCAUAUAUUUUGAAUACAUCAGUGGGGAUCGAGAACAACCUGCAUUGUCGGGCCACAGCACGUGCAGAGAUAAUACUCCUUCCAAUGAUAUCAUCCUAGACAAGGAAGUCCUCAACAUGGAACCUGUGCUGAAACCACAGCCCAAGUUGUUGAGCUUAGAUGAUAAAAUUCUACUGAAUGUGGCCAGAGCCAAUGUCCUCAGUCAGAUCACUGUGCUGAACCUUCAUGGCAACAGUUUGAGUAAAAUAAAGGAGAUUUCCCGCCUUACAGCUCUGCGGCAUCUUACCAUCAGCUUCAAUGAGUUCACACGCCUUGAUGACAUUUCUCACAUGCCCAACCUUGAAUUUUUGGAUGCUAGCUAUAAUCGCCUAGUGGCCCUAGAAGGGCUGAGGGGGUUGGGACAGCUCAAACACCUCGACGUGCGCUGGAACAAGUUGACCAAGGCCAGAGAGGAUACGGCUGUGCUGAGAAAACACGCACCCGCCCUGCUGAAGCUUGAUACCCGAUACAACCCCUGGAACAGGCCUGAAGCUGUGAGAAUGACCAUACUGGGCCGUCUCAUAACCCUCACACACCUGGAUGAUAUGAUGGUAGCAGAGGAGGAGGCUGCUGUUGCUCUUCAGAUGGCUGCUGGAUCCAAAAUUAACCAGGCAUCUCUUCUGGCUCACUCGCGUACUGACAGUGAUCGUCCCCGCAGUCUCAGCCUGCUGUCAACAGCCCGGCUCCUGUGUCUUCUCAGUACUGCACCCUGGGGUCUCAACCGAGAGCUGGAGCUAGACUGGACUGCAAUGAUCACCUCUCUGAACCUUGACAGCCAGAGGAUUUCCAGACUGAUCAAUCUGAAUAAGCUGGUCAAUCUGCGCUGGGCCUCCUUUAAUGAUAAUGACAUUUCUAAAGUGGAAGGUCUUGACAGCUGUUUAAAGCUGGAGGAGCUUUCGGUUAACAACAACAACAUUAGCACACUCAAUGGCCUAUCCAAACUGCAUUGCCUAAAUAAACUAAGUGUAGAUGGGAAUCAGCUGUCUAGUCUGGAUGCCUCAGUCCUAGAUCAGCUGCCCAACUUGUCCUUUCUGUCUGUGGAGGACAACUGCAUCAGUUCCCUGCAUGGCAUCCAGAGAGUUCGCUCCCUUCUUGAGCUCUACAUCGGCAACAACCAAAUUUCUACCUCACAAGACAUCUACUUUCUGAAGGGAUUGACAAACCUCAUCAUUCUGGAUCUUUAUGGAAAUCCUUUAUUGGAGAAACUGGAAAACUAUCGGAUUUAUGUAGUGUUCCACCUACCCUCCCUAAAAGCACUAGAUGGCAUUGCAGUGGAGGUAACAGAGUGUGAAAGUGCAAAGGAUAUGUUUGGAGGAAGACUAACCCCUGACAUGAUAGCAGAGAAGCUGGGCCACUCCAACUACACAGACAUCACCUACCUCACCCUGCAGUCCUGUUCAAUUAGGAUGGUUGAUCUGUGUCCAGGAGACCUCUUCUGUAGCCUGCGCAGUGUCAACUUAGACCACAACAACCUCACCUCCUUCUCAGGCCUCAUCUACCUGCCCAACAUCAAAGCUCUGUGUCUGAACUACAACCACAUUGAGUCCAUCCUGCCCAGACAGAAGACUCAUAUGACAAACAGACAGAUACUGCACAGCAAAGUUCACUCCAGUGGUUACGGCCAGCAGAGCCCAUCCAAAGGCAAAGGGGAAACUGGGCCCACUGGCAGUUUGGAGCCACUGAUGGGCAGCCUGGAGGUGCUGCAUUUGAGUCACAAUGGCAUCUCCAAUAUGGCCAAUCUGCAGCUCAGCAGGCUCACCAAUCUUAAAGCGCUCUUUCUUCAAGGUAAUGAGAUCAGCCAGGUGGAAGGGUUGGAGGGGCUUCACCGGCUCAGAGAGCUUGGGCUGGACAGGAACCGGAUCAAAGCUCUGGCUGAAAACUCUUUCAUAGCCCAGAAUGUUCUGCUAGAACUGCACCUAGCAGAGAACCGGAUCCGGGAGCUCAACCAUCUAGAUCCUUUGACUGAGCUCCGCAAGCUCUUUCUCGGCAUGAACAAGCUGCAGGAGAUCACAGAGCUUGACAAACUAGAAGCUCUUCCUUCGCUGAUGGAGCUCUCUGUUGUUGGCAAUCCUGUGGCCAAAAAUUCUCUCCACAGACCAGCGGUAGUGCUCCGUCUGUCCCGGCUGCAGGUCCUGGAUGGAGUAAUGGUUACCCUGGAGGAAAGGACCAGGGCUGAACUCCUCAGUACCGAUUCAUCACCAUGCUCCCAGUGCCCUGGAGCUUUGCUUCCUGCCACUGAAAUAAACCUACCUGGACUGUUACCCCUCAUGCCUCGACACAACCCUCUUAGAGGAAUGAGUAUGAGUGGAGGACUACAGAACUUUAUGCAUGGGCACGAUGGCCUGCCAAGUAACGUGGACGAGGCCCAAUCUCAUUACACAUACAAGCACAAGAAGCACAAGCACGGUAAUGCUGCUCGAAGCGGCCAAACUGACAUUACCUUUAGACACAUUCGAAAAGCAGUAAGCAACCUGACAACAACAGGCCUUCUUCCUGAUGGAAACAGAGUCAUCAUCACGUAUCCCAACCAGGAGCAAGAGAGCAGAUUUCCAAAUAGUGGCAAACCUCCAUCCAUGUAGUGGCCAGAGGCGAUGGAGUAUACACUGAUACUUGUCGAUCAGUACGUAAUCCAAAGGUGAACACGUGCGACAACCAUGACUGUGGUGUGGUCACAUAUCACGGUAUUUUAGGUCAUCAUAUAUUGAAGGUGGUGUUUCUGAGUGUGCCUUAAUGUAUUUGAGCAUCUGCCUCUGUUUGCAUAUUUAAUGGUGAAAAAGUCAGAACAUAGGGCAAUUCAAGUGCCCUUGUUUUUUUCACAUAGCAUUAAAUAACCUUCUGUAACCUUUUUCGCUGUUUACAUAUCAAUAAAUCACCUUUGCGGCUCACUGAAUUUUAGUUGAAACUAAAACAUGUUCAGAGUCAAAGAAAAUUAGGCUUGAUUAUAGUGCUUCCCUUUCAAAUGCAUUUAUAAUGACUGUGACCUUAUUUUCAAUCCACAUAUGUGGAUCACUAACCAUGGUAAUCUGAGGAUGAGAGGUUUUGGUGUCAUUUCUACUGCUAUCCCAUCCUUGGCCCCAAACAAGUGAAAAAACACCCACAGAUGUAAGGGUGUGUGAGGGUGGCACGCAGCAUCCACUGGGUCAAAUGCAUCCCCAACAAGUAGAUAAUCCAGCUUUAGCACACCUCUCUGUGGACAAUAAUCUGCAGUCACUCAGAUAAAGAUGUAAUCUUGAAUGAGGUCCAAAUGGAUUUUCAGAGAUUGUCAUUUUUAUCAUGUUAGCCUCUUUUCGAAAAGCCCACGGCAGUUUCAACUAAUAGGCAAAUCUUGCGUGUUGUAACUGGAAAUGAACCUACUCCACUUGAUAUUUAUGAUGUUAGAUCUGCUGAACAUGAGAUUAUAAACCUCUAUCUUCCUGUCAGUUUAGUCUAGUAAUCUAGUAGUCCUGUAGUUAACAAAACACCAGUCUGAGCCUUAAAUGUGGGUGUGAUAAAAUGUAAUACAGCCUACAUAUAUUAUGUGACUUAUAAUUCUGGUAAUGAACUGGUAAUUGUGAGUUAGAAACCUCCAUGUGAAAAGAUUCUGGAUGACAUCUCAUCCAUUGACGUAGGUAUAAACAUAGGGAAAGAAAGUCAUUGUCACUGUCACCAUGCAGACUGUUGCCAUCUAUCUCAGCAAUUUAUUGUAAAGUUAAAUGAUUAUUUUAUUUAACUUGAGAUGUUUACUUCUUCAUAAUACAUAUGUUUUUCAUAUUUCUUCCACCAACCUGAACUAUGGACUUUAUGGAUGAGUGCUGUUAAUGUGACCACUAGGUGUCCUUAGAGCUCCAUUACCUCCCACCUUCACUGCACCACUAAUCUGUCCUCAAUGAAUUUACCACCUGCCCUGUAGGUAGUAAUACAUCAGUUGAAGGCAGAUACGUGUGUGCAUGCCUUAUUUUUUUGUGUUUCCUGCCUGUGUAGCCUUUGCUGAACAUGUGAGGCAGCAGCCAGCUCUAGGCAGCAAAAGUGAAAAGCUCUCCCCAAACAAGCUCCUCUAAUGCAUGUACUUAACUUCACUUAAUUUGUGUUAAUUCCCAGUAUUAAGCGGGGCUAAUGACUGUGCAAGCGAGUGCACUGUCAUUACCUUGCUCUGCCCGACAUCAAAUGGCAGCUGAUGGACUCACAGAAAAAAGAAAAGAAAAAAAACCUCUAAUGCACAGAUUUGGGGGCUCAGUGAGAGCUCUCUAAUGCAUUAGGUAUUGCAAAGGAUAAUUACAUAUUUUAUAUUUGUGUACAGUAUGUGCAGUAUGGAUAUGUUAGAGGUAAAGCUGUUUUUAAUGCAAUUGUAUUUGUGUGUGUAGUGUGAGCUUAUGGUGAGCAUACCACUUCAUACAGUAUGUUUCUUUUUGCAUAUCGGUCAGUAUUUUUAACAUUAAAAUGACAUUAGCAUAAAGAAUGUGAAUAAUUCAUCAGUACUGAGUGAACCCAGAUGCACUGCUCUCUCUCUCUCUCUCUCUCUCUCUCUCCCCCUCUCCCUCUCUUCGCUCCUCCAUGUGAGUAGACCACAUGGUUCGUAGCUGGUUUAAUGGGAUGGAAUGUGACAGGUUAUGUUUUCAUCUGCCUGAUA